CAAAAUAUCUUAAAGUUGUCAAUGGAUCCAUCGGCUUUCGUACUCCAUGUCGCCAUCUUCCCUUUCCCUGCACAGGGCCAUGUCAACUCCAUGCUUAAACUUGCCCAGCUUCUUUCACUUUCCAAUUUUCACGUCUCCUUUCUUGUUACAGUUGACACCCAUGACCGCCUGCUUAACCACACGGAUGUUCUGUCCCGAUUUGGUAGCGAAUUCCAUUUACAAGCACUUCCCGAUGGAAUUUCUUUAGAUGAGAUGAAUACUCGUGAUGGUGUAGGAAAGUUAUACGAUUCGUUAAAUACAAUUGCGAAACCUUUUUUAAGAGAGUUUCUAGCGGAGCCACCUGUGACAUGUGUCAUUGCCGACGGAAUCUUAAGCAUGGCGGCUGAUGUAGCCGAGGAAAUCAACUUGCCUAUUAUCUAUUUCCGCACCAUCAGUGCCUGUGCCUUCUGGUCCUACUUUUCAAUCCCUGAGCUACUUCAAGCUAGCGAACUUCCCCUCAAAUGUAAAUUGGAAAGGGAAAAACAUGAUUGUUACUUUAAUUACUGCUACGGACAGUUUAGUGGAACUAAUUAGUGGGGUUUUUGUACAUUAUCUGGUUGAGAUUUCAAAAAAAAAAAAAGUAAUAUUUGUGGUUGAAGUUACAAAAAAAAGGGCCGUGAAUUCAAUUCUCACAGCCUCCCUUCUUAUUUUUCUUCCCUGUCACUCGUAUGUAAUAAAAAGGAAAGUAAAAUUUACUACUGUUAAUCCGCACUUGUUGUAGAUUUUUAGAUGUAGUUGACAUUCACAUGAAUUGAUGGUCUAUUUAACAGUCAA